GCGCUCUCUUGAGGCCUCAACCUCUGGCAUCAGUCCCUCUCACUCCUGUUUCCGAUAUCGGCUGGGGGGAUAUAAAUACACCACACACCACACCCACUACAGACAUCAAGAGAAAACACAUCAGACAUCAUACACAAUCAUGGGUUCAGUCUCUGCCACCCCCUCUACCCCAACCCCCCCCAAACCCGCCGUCUUCUCGACGCGGGGCCAGGAUGCCGUCAAUGCCGGCAGGACGCGCAAGACGUGGGACAUCAUCAGCGACAUGUGGCAUGCGCAGACCAACCCGGACGGCAUCCUGUCCAUCGGCAUGGCGGAGAACUCGCUGAUGCACGAGACGAUGCUGGAGUACAUCAACGCCAACUCCCGCCUGUCGAGCGAGCAUCUCACCUACAACAACGGCAGCAUGGGCUCCCGGGCCCUGCGCGCCGCCGUUGCGCACUUCCUCAACCGCCAUUUCCAUCCCCGGCGCCGCGUCGAGCCCGCCCACGUCCUCAUGACCAACGGCUGCUCCUCCGCCAUCGAGCAUCUCAGCUUCGCCUUUUGCAACCCGGGCGAGGCCGUCCUGCUGAGCCGCCCCUACUACAGCACCUUUGUCGCCGACCUGACCCUGCGCCCGGAGGCCGUCGUCGUCCCCGUCGACAUGGACGGCCUCGACCCGCUGAGCCCGGAGGUCGUCGUCGCCCGCUACGAAAAGGCCGCCCAGGCGUACGAGGACCGCACGGGCAAGGCGGUCCGGGCCGUCAUGCUGUGCAACCCGCACAACCCGCUGGGCCGCUGCUACCCGCGCGCCACCGUCGACGCCCUGCUGCAGCUGUGCCAGAAGCGGCAGAUGCAUCUCAUCAGCGACGAGAUCUACGCGCUGUCGGUGUGGAAGAACACGGUGGAUGGCGGCGAGGAGAACCAGGCCCCCUUUGAGUCGCUGCUGUCGCGCGAUCUGACCGGCCUGAUCGAUCCCCAUCUGGUGCACGUUAUGUGGGGGAUGAGCAAGGAUUUCGGCGCCAACGGCUUGCGCGUCGGAGCCAUCAUCUCGCAGAGCAACGAGGACUUCCACGUUGCGCAGCGCUGCAUGUCGCUCUACUCGUUUGUCUCGAGCAUGUCGGACCAGAUCACCGCGCGCAUCCUGACCGACGACGCCUUCACCGACGCCUACAUCGCCGCCAACCAGGCCAAGCUGUCGGCCUCGCACGCCUACCUGGCGGGCGAGCUCAACAAGCACGGCAUCGACUACGCCCGGGGCUGCCAUGCCGGCUUCUUCCUGUGGGUGAACCUGGGCAAGAAGUACCGCGAGCUGCAUCCCGAGGACAAGACAGAGGGUCCUGCCUUUGCCGACAUGAUCUUCCAGAAGCUCAUGGACCAGAAGGUCUAUGUUGCGCAUGGGACCGCCUAUGGCUCGGAGAUUCCGGGCUGGUACCGGCUUGUGUUUUCCCAUCCGCUGCCUUGGCUGGAGGAGGCCAUGGCCCGUGUACUUCGUGCAAUCAAUUAGUUUAUACCCAUUAUGAUUAUGAGAAUAUGUUACAGACUAUUGUAGUAGUUAUCAAUUAGAAAGUUGCAGACAGUAUCAGCUAGACUAUGAUUAUUCAGUCAGAAAGUUCUGUGGAAUCAGAUUCUGCAUUAUGC